CAGAGCUCUCCAUCUCCAACACAGACGGUCACCCCAAGCACCUCGGAGAAAUGGCCGGUUCCAAGGCUGCCCUUGGAUCCUCAAAGAUGGAAUCAACCCCAAAAUCCUCAAAGUCCCACAAGCGAAAGCGAGAUAUCGAAACCUCUAAUGCGACGACGCCAACUCCGACCAAGAAACACAAGAAGCGCGAAAGGUUGCCUUCCACCACCGGAGAUGGAAGCGCCACUAAGCGGGAACGACUGAAAGAUAACCUCCAAGGUAGCGAUUUUGACAAAGAAACCCGGAAAGAGAGCGCCUCUCCAGAAAAGCGCCGGAAGGAUCGACUUGAUGAAUCAGGCAAAAACACAAAGGAUGGCAAACGAAAGAGCUCUGGGCAGGACAAUCCAGAAGAUUCUGAACCUGCAGCUGCGCACUCUAAGUCUGGGGAGGAGAAGGAGGAGAAGGAGGAGGCAGAAUCUUCUGAAGAUGAGGGCAAGCGCCGCAAGUCAUCGAAAGCGAAACAUGCGGGCAUCCUGUCCAAGUUCGAGCGGACUAAAACGGCGGCAAGCGCAAAAGCAAAAAAAGCCAAAACAGCGACUCCGGAAGCCGAAGGAGCAACAGAGCUGAAUGUCGAGCCUGUCAUUGCCCAAGGUCUUGAGCCAUUGCCUCAGCCAGAGAAUCCGCCCGAGGUGACGGAGGCGCCCACAUACUCCUCCUUGCCUCCAUGGCUAGCGAACCCUCUGCGAGCGUCGGCAAAUGAACGAGCUAAAUUUUCAGACCUGGGAAUCAAGUCUGACCUUCUGCGCAUCCUCGAGCAGAAUGAUUACAAGGAGGCAUUCGCCGUGCAGUCAACGGUCAUCCCUUUGCUGUUGGACGGCAGUAACAGUCACCCAGGUGAUCUCUGUAUCAGUGCUGCCACAGGCUCAGGAAAAACCCUUUCCUAUGUUCUCCCGAUGGUCACGUCCCUCACUCCCAGAGCUGCUUCUAGACUUCGAGGACUCAUCGUUGUCCCUACCAGAGAACUGGUCAAGCAGGCCCGUGAAGCAUGUGAGCUGUGUGCCUCCGGUUCGCGCCUGCACAUUGGAAGUGCAGUGGGUAAUGUGGCAAUCAAAGAGGAGCAGAAGCAUUUGAUGCGGGUCGAUCAGAUUUACAAUCCCGCAACCGUUGCUCAACGACAGAAGUCAGGGUUGCAGGGUAACGACUGGAUGGACUUCAGCCUUGAAGACUGUGUCAAUGAAGCAGUAGACUCAACUGGAUACUUGCCUGGCUAUAUCCAGCGAGCCGAGCCAAAUGUGGAUAUUUUGAUUUGCACACCCGGUCGACUUGUUGAUCACCUUCGAUACACGAAAGGGUUCACCCUCAAGCACCUUGAAUGGUUGGUAAUCGACGAGGCCGAUCGUCUGUUGAAUGAGAGUUUCCAAGAAUGGGUGGAUGUGGUCAUGGGGUCGCUCAACUCACGUCAAGAUCCCGAGACCUUUGGACCCGGAGGUCAACUUCUGUCUGAGCUUAGACUUCCAAUCGAUACUCAUCCUCCCCGCAAGGUGAUCCUGAGCGCGACAAUGACCCGAGAUAUCACCAAACUGAACUCUCUGCGUCUGGACAACCCUAAGAUGGUCAUCGUCAGUGCUGAGAGUACCACGGAUGGAGAAGAUCUAUCUGCGUCCCAUCCAGAUGCUCACUAUACUUUGCCAUCAACUUUGCAGGAGCACAUUAUUGCUGUCGAUGAUGCAUCCCAGAAGCCGCUUUACCUCCUGCGCCUUCUUUUGUCACACAUCAAGAUCAGCGGUGCGGACAAGAGCCCCAAGACGCAAGCUCCUGCUUCUACUGGGUCCGACUCUGAGAGUACCAGUUCCGAUGAUACCAGCUCCGACGAAUCUUCUGAUGAUGACACUUCUGAUGAUGACACUUCUGACGAUGACACUUCUGACGACGAGACUUCUUCCUCGGGCUCAGACUCUGAUUCCGACUCCGAAGUCUCGUCCGACUCGGAUUCCGAUUCAUCUAGUGAUUCAUCAACAGACGAAUCUUCUGAUUCUGAGGAUGAAGCCAUUGACAUCGCGCCUGCAGUUGGCUCCCCCCGUACGACAGUCCUUAUCUUCACCAAGUCCUCUGAAGCUGCAUCACGUCUAUCCCGCCUUAUCUCCCUCCUUCAUCCCCCACUCGCCGACUGCAUGGGAACCAUCAUCAAAUCGAACAAAUCGUCUGCAUCUCGCAAGACACUGGCAGCGUACCGUCGCGGCCGUAUCUCCGUCAUUGUUGCUACUGAUCGUGCCUCUCGUGGUCUGGAUCUUCAGUCAUUGACCCAUGUCAUCAACUAUGAUAUCCCGCCCAGUGUGCCUACCUACGUGCAUCGUGUUGGCCGAACCGCCCGUGCCGGCCGCGAAGGCUCCGCAUGGUCUCUGGUCGCCCACCGCGAAGGCAGAUGGUUCUCCAACGAAAUUGCUGCCAGCGUUGAAGGUCGUAUCACGCGCACUGCCAGUAUUGAUCGGGUCCGUGUGAAGACGGAUUCUCUCAAGUCACUCCAGUCCAAGUAUGCGACAGCUUUGGACCAGCUCGAAAAGGAGGUCAAAGUCGGCAGGGCAAGCUCAUCCAAGCGGGCUUGAAUUAUGCCAUCAAUAGCAUCUUACAAAUGCUUUAUAUGAUAGUCCAUGCAUAGCGUCCUCUGUAUCUUAUUGUACCCCCUCUUGUAUACUACAUCAAGAACAUUUUACUUGACCGCCUUCAAACCUUCAUUGGUUCUGUCAUGAUUAUCAGGCCUCUCUUUGAAACUCAGUUCCAACCCGUACUCUGAAGGUAUAGAGUGAAAUCAUCAAAU